AUGUAUCCUCAACCCAAAGACACACCCAGCGCGUUGCCGCCGCAGCGACUCGAGAUCGAGAGGCGGAGGCCGUCGCGACCGGAGAUCCCCAAUCGGCGUCGUCGCUGCCGCAUCGUCCUCCAGCGCUCAAUUGGAGCGCACCGUGCGCACGGGACAAUUUCGGCCAUUGCGAUGCUCCGAUCUGCUGUUGGACUCGCUCUCCGGCAGUCGGCGCCGGCCGCUCGCUUCUGCGGCAAGGUCGGCCGCCGCAACCCUGCAUCCAACAUCACCACGAGCGGUAGGUACCUGAAUUAUGACGCUAGCAGGAGGUUUGAAUUCAGCAAGGAAAACUUUGCCGGCUGCACCGGUGUGGAAUUUAUGAUUGGCGCCUUUGCCUGCGGCGUAGCACUUCUGUUUAGGCACUAUACGACUCCUCCCUACGAAAAGGAAUCGAGGUACAAUACGGCAAGUUGUGAAACAAAAUCCACUUCUGAUACUUGUCAGCAUGGACAACAUGGACUAGAGAAAAUGGAAUAGGGAGCAGCAUGUCUAAAGGAAAGAGCAUGUCUAACUAGUCUCAUGUCUUACCUGUAUAAGUUCUUGGAUGGGAGAUCUACAAUUUAGUCUGUUGCAUUGUAUUAUAUACAUGAGAAGAUGCCUAAUGACGA